UGAAGGUAUUGUUCAAUCUAGGACUGUCAGACAAUAGAAGAUCAAAAGCAGCGUAUUAGGGAAUCAAAAAUCCACUCGUUCAGGAAGUACGGUUAAUGAAGGUAUGUGUGGCGGUAGCAUGCUGUGCCAUGAAGCCAAAGAACACGUCCGUCCGUACCUUCACAGAGGGACUCUGUACUACAUUCCAUAAAGCCAACCAACAACUUCACCACAAACACUCUUCUCUGGAGGCAGAAAUUCUCCAUCUGCGUCAACAGAUCGCCAUCAGUUCCAUGUCGUCACAGGAAACAAUUCAUACCCAGGACGAGUCGCGAGCUGGUGAUGCCGUGUUGUUCCCUACACCACCAUUAUCUGGUAGAGAUAAACAGGAGGGAGCCGUGGUGGAGGGGAGUGACCUUGACAGUCUCCAUAGAAACACACAGUUCUUACAAAGUGUAAUAAACAUACAACAGGUAACAAGACAAGCAUCACAAACAGGCCUACUUGGUGAUGGAGAAAAAAAUAAUUCAACUUCUGAAACAAAAUUGAAAUCACUGACUAGUUUAAAUCAAGCAACAGUUGUCAAAAGCUUACAGACAAUCCUGAAAUGUGUACAAGAUCAGACAUUCACGGUGUCUAUAAAGUCCCUACAACACUGUAUACAGUGUGUGGUGCAACUGAUGGAUCAGCUACCAGCUCUGAUGUCAAACAUCCCUAUUGUCUCCAUCAUCAAGGACAUACUUAGAUGUCUGGUAAAAGACAUAAUCCAGGAGGACGCCUCCCAUUCACAGCCAAACACUAGACAACAGAGUACAAAUCUGGUACUUGGGUUCUCGAAACCACCUGUAACAAGAAUUACCCAGGAAGUUCUUGUGGAGGAGAUCCAAAAGUUUUCGCAACAUUUACAAGAUGUUUGUCAAAAUGCCAACCCUUUGCAGGGUAUCGUGGUUUGAAAACAUUGUAUAUAUUAUCAAACUGCUGCAGACUGCUUUGGGAGAAGACUGCAGCAGCCGAGUGACUAGAGACCAUGACAGACUACAGGGACUAAAGGACAAGUUAGAGGAUUCACUUCUACAUGUGACACACAAAUUCCCACUGUACGCACACUCAAUAUGGAAUGUAUGUGGACAACUAGAACUGCAGCUGCAAAAAUACAGUGUUUGAAAUGCUACUUCAAUGGUAGAGUUCUUCUCAUGGAAUAUAACGCUCCAACAGUACAAAGUUCUGUUCCUCUCAGAUGUACAUGUAGUUAUGAAUGGCUCUCAGGAUUGUUUUACCACGAGUUUGAGUUUCUACAUAGGAGUUUCUUCAUAGAACACCACAAGUAUAUACACCACAUGUACACACACAAAAUGUCUUGCGGUAAAUUUGAAAAUGAAGAAAUAUUGACCUGAAAUUUAUACAUUUUGCUGUAUACUUUCACAAUGGAAAAUGCUUUUUGUGCAAAUACAAUAUGUAAUGUAAUGGACCUAAGUUGAUUAGAACUGCAUUGAUUUAUUUUAAUUGAUCAGUUUUAUAAAUACUGUACAUGUAUGUAAAUCAUUAAUGCCAAUGUGAGAUUAUCAACAUAUUUACAUAUCAUAUAUAAUAAUAAAUUCUUGGUGUAAUAUUAUGUGAUAAUGCUUCAGGACCCUUGUGUCAGUGUGUUUUGUACAUGGAAAUGCUUCAUACAGGUAAAUGUUGUGAUAUGAUCUUUAGAGGAGAGCCUGCCUGACAACUCUUCAUAAAUUGAUGUUUACAAGUUUCAAUAUUUGACACAAAAGAUACAGUGUAGAUAUAUAUAUAUAUAUAUUUCACCUAUAGCUUUGUUUUCUAUGCCUUGUCAAACAUACCCAACAACUCUCUUGUGCUGUAAUGAGAAAAUUAAAAAAUAAAUACUG